CUGCCGCCGCGCUCGCCUCACGCCGGCGGCGCUGACUGGGAAAGCAGCACCCUCCGCUCUGCCAGCCGGCCGGUGCAGGCGGAGGCAGCGGCGGGCUUCAGGCCGCCGGGGCUGGCGCUGCUCUGCCCGGCGAGAGCCGGAGGCCGGCGGAGGCGGGCGCUGAUGGAAGUGUGAAGAGGCGGCGGCAGGGCCCGGGGAAUGUGAGGCGGCGCGUGGCGGCGGCGCGGAGCGUGAGAGACGAGGAGCAGGGGUGGGGGCGCUGGAGCGGCGGCUGCGCUUCGGCUUCGAGCCCAGCUCUCCUGGCCCCGACGCGGGCUUAGCCUCCCGCCUUGGCUCGGGCAGGCGCCCGUCGACCCUUCGGCCCCUUUCGCCCGCCCUGGAGCUGGGGGCAGGGCGCCAGUGGAAGCGUGGGGCUUGGCUCUGUGAUUCAUUCAUUCUCCGCCGACGGGAGCCUCAGAUCCGCUGUGCUCUGAAGAGAGGAGGGAAGAGGGGGCAGCCGCGAAUGAAGGGCCAGGCGCGAGCCGGGCUCCAUUGUGCUCGGCGGCGGGGGGCGGGAAGGGGCUGAGGGAGGUGGGAUCGGGCCCCCUCCUCCAGCUCCCCGGCGUGCGCUGCGCCCCCAGCCUGCUGACAGCCUGGAAAUGGCUCUGUUUAUUCUCCUCGGGAGAAUGAAUCGAUCCUGCCCAGCCUUCUCUUCCUCCUCCCCACCUCUUCUCUGCUCCGAGUCUUAGGAGAAGAAACAUUUAAAAAGACAGAUUCCAAUGUGGAGUGCCGUGCAGGUUGCGAGCUGCCGGGUUUGCACUUCGAGGAGAUUUUUCUAUGUAGUUUUUUUCCUAAUGUGAGCGCAGGGAAGCCGUGGCAUUACUGCUUUUGGGAUUUUUAUUCACGUGCACGUCGCGUUUGGUUGCUCGCUCCACCCCCGGGGACCUGGUGUGGUGGAGAAAUUUGAACCCGCAGCCUUAGCUCUGAAAAGGCCGAGUUACCUGGCUCUCCCUGAGUGUCGAGGAGGACAUGAGUGAAAUGACCAGCGAACUCAUUUUUUAUAGGACUCGGUGAAGCCAGAUUCUGCAUUUUCCUACUUGUAGACUCAUUUUGUGGAAUUGAAUUGAUCGCUGUCUCCUCCGCAAAGCGUUUUAACUCGAAUAAGCAAAUGCCGCCUCUGUUUGAACGUUUUGGUGUUUACAAGAGAGAAGUCAUUUUACCUAAGAGAACUAAUUGAAUUGGCAGCAUCCUUGAAAUACCUCCGGACAAGGAUCUGGGGGUGGGGGUGGAAAAGCAACUGCGAAAUAGCAGACGGAGAAAUUCCUUUGGAAGUUAUUCCGUAGCAUAAGAGCUGAAACUUCAGAGCAAGUUUUCAUUGGGCAAAAUGGGGGAACAACCUAUCUUCAGCACUCGAGCUCAUGUCUUCCAGAUUGACCCAAACACAAAGAAGAACUGGGUACCCACCAGCAAGCAUGCAGUUACUGUGUCUUAUUUCUAUGACAGCACAAGAAAUGUGUAUAGGAUAAUCAGUUUAGAUGGCUCAAAGGCAAUAAUAAAUAGUACCAUCACCCCAAACAUGACAUUUACUAAAACAUCUCAGAAGUUUGGCCAGUGGGCUGAUAGCCGGGCAAACACCGUUUAUGGAUUGGGAUUCUCCUCUGAGCAUCAUCUUUCGAAAUUUGCAGAGAAGUUUCAGGAAUUUAAAGAAGCUGCUCGACUAGCAAAGGAAAAAUCACAAGAAAAGAUGGAACUUACCAGUACACCUUCACAGGAAUCUGCAGGUGGGGAUCUUCAGUCUCCUUUAACACCAGAAAGUAUCAACGGGACAGACGAUGAAAGAACACCUGAUGUGACACAGAACUCAGAGCCAAGGGCUGAACCAACUCAGAAUGCAUUGCCAUUUUCACAUAGUUCAGCAAUCAGCAAACAUUGGGAGGCUGAACUGGCUACCCUCAAAGGAAAUAAUGCCAAACUCACUGCAGCCCUGCUGGAGUCCACUGCCAAUGUGAAACAAUGGAAACAGCAACUUGCUGCCUAUCAAGAGGAAGCAGAACGUCUGCACAAGCGGGUGACUGAACUUGAAUGUGUUAGUAGCCAAGCAAACGCAGUACAUACUCAUAAGACAGAAUUAAAUCAGACAAUACAAGAACUGGAAGAGACACUGAAAGUGAAGGAAGAGGAAAUAGAAAGAUUAAAACAAGAAAUUGAUAAUGCCAGAGAACUACAAGAACAGAGGGACUCUUUGACUCAGAAACUACAGGAAGUAGAAAUUCGGAACAAAGACCUGGAGGGACAACUGUCUGACUUAGAGCAACGUCUGGAGAAAAGUCAGAAUGAACAAGAAGCUUUUCGCAAUAACCUGAAGACACUCUUAGAAAUUCUGGAUGGAAAAAUAUUUGAACUAACAGAAUUACGAGAUAACUUGGCCAAGCUACUAGAAUGCAGCUAAGGAAAGUGAAAUUUCAGUGCCAAUUAAUUAAAAGAUACACUGUCUCUCUUCAUAGGACUGUUUAGGCUCUGCAUCAAGAUUGCACAAAAAAAAAAAAAAAAUUGAAUAUCACUCCUCCAGGAGGAGGAUCUUUUGAAAAUUGGAAUUGUAUAUUUCACUGUAAAUUUUAGAAUCCAGCUUGUAGCUAGUUGGGGAAAAAAGAGAUGAAAAACUUGAACUACAAAUUACCUCCAUGUAUAUUAUUGGCCAUAGUUAACUGAAAGUUAUAAAUAGACACUUAAUGCAAUCUUUUUUCCUGAUAUUAGCCAAUGGGAGAAUUAACAAUGUCUGGGUCACAUCCCCUUUUUGUGUUCAACACAGUGAAGAUUAUCUGCUUUUUAAAUUAAUUUAUUUACGAUAUCUAGAGCUGUGUUUUGUGCAAAAACUUAGUGAUGAAAGCCUGUCUUUUGUUGUAAUCUGAAUAAUUUCUCAGGAUAUUUUUGCACUGCUGAGAAGCAGUGCCAUUACCAAUUAAUUCUUGCCAGGAGUGAGAGAGAGCUGUAUCUUUAAUUGAAAUAUACUAUAACUGGGUGUAUAGAGUUCUUCCCUUUUUUGUGCUGGAAGAUAUUUCACUCUGGUGACUACUCUGGUACACUCUGAUGUUCUCUAACCUUGUCUGUUGUAUAGUUUACUUUUCCAUAUUGAUUCCAUGUAUUUAUGAGAAGAUACUGUCUCCCAUUUUAUUACACAUUUUAAAGCCAACUAACGAAGGCAGCUGAGUCCCUCAGAAAUUUUUCUUUUUAAAUUUCUAAUAAAUUUGACACACAGUACUGAAAUACAGCAGCCCGUCAUUGACGGUCUGGUCUAGCAAUGUUAAGUAUAUUUACAGAAUAUGCAGUUACAUUUAUUUAUAUAUUUUGCAAGAAAUCUUUUCUGAAUGAUCAAUGCAUUUCAAUUUACGAAUAAUAAUGGUUAUUGGGGAACUGUUUAUUAUAGAUAAUUUUAAGGUGUAUAGCUAUUUUAAAGGGGAUCCAUUUACAUCAAACAGCUGAUCAGAGGACUAUCUAAAUUGUGAUCGUGGCAGAUAGAGAUGGAGUUGUGUGCUCUAUCUGGCUCUACACAUCAAUCACAUCUUGAUUCAAACCUCACAAGGCAAUAUUCUGAACUGUUAACUAGGUAUUUCAAAACAGGAAUUAAAUUCAAUAGGCUCUUCUCAGUGAACAGGUUUUAAUGUUGUUUUGAUGUAAUUUUAAAAGACUUUUAGCAAACAUGCAUUUCUUUAUAUGAUAUAUUUCUUUUAUGAAGCUAUUUUAAAAGUAAGCCAAGUGCUGUCUAGUCUGCUUAUAAAGUAGGAAUUGCAUCAGAGUACAUAUAUUCUUGCUGUACAAUGCCUGUGAUGUUGAGGAGGGUUCUUUUCUAAAGUGUAUGCUUGAGUAUCUGACUCUCUGGAGUCUAUAAAUGCACUGACUUCUUGUUUGUACCCCAAAAUGAUCGAAUUGUUAAGUACAAAAUUAAGCUAAUUAACCAAUUUGUAACCAUUUUUUCACUCAUAAACAGCUACUCAAUACUAGACAAUUUUGUUUUUUAUGUAUGUGUAUGUACGUAAAUACAUACAUAUUAAUUUACAUUAGAGUGAAAAAUAAAUGGUUUGUUUCUGAA